AUGGAGUCAGGACAAUCAGGGUCACAGGAUCAUCCCGUAGCAUGCAUACCGUUCACACCAGCCCAACGUCAAGACCUUGAUCAAAUCAUAGGCAACGCAGUUUCUCCCACUAUCCUGCAGAUCAUUCAAGACUCAGACCAGACCUCGAGUGGGCUUGUAGCACAGGAUUAUGCUGCAAUCCUUGAUUGCAUUAUACGUGAGAUCGAACAUGCACUCAGACGCAACCACAUGGAAAAUGUGCUCAACAACGAUAUCUCCACACCGUUUGAGACAGUGCAACAACAUCCUGAACUAUGCAAGAUAAUCCACAAUGCCUGUCAGACUGGCUGUUUUUCCACCAUAUGUGACACAGACGUGUUUCAGCUGACGGUUACUGGCAACACAGAGAUAUUGCACCUUCCCAAUACUAGCUCACCCAUAUUGGCCGACUUGGGGUUUACUAGAGUUUUAUCUCAUGUUAUUCUAGAAUAG